GCAAAAACAUUUGAUCCUAAUUUCAAGGGGCCGACUAAAAACAGGUCCUGCACAGAUGUGAUCUGUUGUUUUAUUUUUCUGGUCUUUAUAGCAGCAAUGGUGGCCUGCUCUAUAGCUGGCUAUGCCAGAGGGGACCCGGUGAAGUUGAUUUAUCCUACAGACAGCUAUGGCAACAUUUGUGGGGAAGGAAAUUACAAAGAUAAAAAAUACUUGGUGUUUUUUGAUAUCCUGAAGUGUGCCCAAACUGGCCUGGCGGUCGUUACUAUGGGGUGUCCAACACCACAGAUCUGUGUGAAGUCAUGUCCAACAGAGUACUGGUCCUUUGUUCAAGCUGUCAUCCUUGAAACAGCAGCAAGUACAAUGUUGUCGUCUGAAAGAGAAAAAAUGAUCUGCAAAUACAAUGUUGAUCCACUGUCUGCAUCGAAAACUGUCGAACAGUUGGUUGAACAUACAGACUGUGCAUCUUAUUAUGUCAAAACAACACCAGUGAUAAAUCGAUGUAUACCAUCUAUCUUUAUGGACAUUGUUGAUUUGGGAGCUGACCUUUCUUAUACUUAUAACAACAUAAGCUACAAUAUUAAAGAUGCCAGCAACAACAGUGUCACAGCCAACAUGAUCAGUGAAGGGAGCUACUACAUGGCAUUGUUUUAUCAAGUUAAGGAAUUUGUGGAGCUUGUGUUUAAAGAUAUUCUGGCAUCUUGGUGGAUGAUCCUCAUUGGAUGUGGUGUGUCACUGAUUCUCUGCAUGCUGUGGAUGAUCUUACUCAGAUGGCUAGCUGGAAUAAUGGUCUGGGUCACUCUCAUCUGCAUUUAUGGGCUACUUUCAUUUACCUGCUACUACACAUUUAACCAGUACUACACACUGAAAGGUCUCAAUGCCACUGAAGAGUACGGGUUAUCUCAAGCUUUUGCCACAAACUUUAGUUAUUAUUUGUCCCUGAAAAAAACUUGGCUUGCUUUUGGCUGUUCUACAGCAACACUCCUGAUCAUCCUUCUCCUCAUCUUCUUGUUUCUUGUCAAGAGAAUUUGUAUUGCGAUAGAGCUGAUUAAAGAGGCCAGCAGAGCUGUAGGUGGCAUGUUUUCUACUUUGUUCUGGCCAAUCAUUCCCUUCUUGUUACAGAUUGCCUUUUUAGUGUACUGGGUGGCUAGUGUAAUCUUUAUCGCCUCCAUGGGAAAUUCCCAAUACUAUAGCAACGCUACCAACACAAGCAAGGAUAGUGUCAACUACUAUCUAUCAAGGAUACCAUGUCAACCCAAUAAUUCUACAUUGGGAUCAUUAUGUGAAUUUGUGAAAUAUGGAGGAAAUGAAUAUGUUAUACCCUUGGAAGUUUUUAUGUUAUUUAUGUUGCUGUGGAUUCUGAAUUUUAUAAUAGCCUUGGGUCAAAUGGUUUUGGCUGGUGCAUUUGGCUCCUACUAUUGGGCAUGGGAGAAACCCAAAGAUAUCCCAGCAUUCCCUCUGUUUGUCUCACUCUAUCACUCACUCAGGUACCACUUAGGAUCCCUGGCUUUUGGUUCAUUUAUUAUAGCUGUCAUACAACUUAUUCGGAUAUUACUUGAAUACUUGGACUACAAGUUGAAAGACUCGCAAAAUAAAGCUGCAAAAUUUAUUUUAGCAUGUUUAAAAUGUUGUUUUUGGUGUUUGGAGAAAUUUAUGAAAUUUCUCAACAAAAAUGCAUACGUCAUGAUUGCUAUUCAUGGGAAAAAUUUUUGUAUCUCAGCCAAGGAUGCAUUUUUAUUAAUUAUGAGAAAUUCAAUCAGAGUUCUUGUAUUGGAUAAAGUCACAGAUUUCCUGUUGUUUUUAAGUAAAGUGUUGGUGACUGGUGCCAUAUUCACGAUGUCUUUCUUUUGGUUUAAGGGUAGCAUCACAUUUUUUGACAAAUACAUAGUCCGACCCAGCUUAAAUUAUUAUUUAACACCUGUCAUUAUUCAAACAGUGAGCACAUAUUUGAUGGCAAGUGCAUUUUUCAGUGUUUACAGCAUGGCAGUAGACACACUUUUUCUUUGUUUUUUGGAAGACAUUGAAAUGAAUGAUGGGUCUCCUGAAAAACCUUACUUCAUGAGUAAAGGAUUGAUGAAAGUGCUUGGAAAGAAAAACUUCAAACAGAAUGAGCCAUCUGCACCAAGCAAUGGCAGAAAAACUUCUAGAGUGUCACCACAGAGAAAGGGGAGACCAUUACCAAUACCUAAAAACUCCAAGGUUUAGGAAAAAAGAAAUUGUUUUCAUGACUGUGUUCAUAAUGUUAAUGUAGAUAGGACCACAAUUUUAAGUUGAUUAAAACACUUUCUGGCAAUAUUUGCAUGCAUAUCAACUAAUUUUUUUCUGUUAGGCCUAAUAAUUAAUUACACUAAUCUAUCAAAAUUGUGCAAGUGUUACAUUUUUUCCCCCUCUAUAUUUUAAUAUUUAGGAAAUUUAAUUUAAUCAUGCUCUCAAUUGUUUUUGCCCACACUCUAGUGUUGACUAUCAUUUGCGGCAAUGUGAUAUUUUGUAUAGAAAUUGAUCACAUUUAAUAUAGAAUCUAUGUAAAAAAAAGUACGAGUUAUAAAAGAAAAAACUAAUUUUUAAUUAAAACAAAUUACAUUGAUUUACAUUACAAAGAAGUAUAUAGGCUUUUUUUGGAAUGCUUUGAAAUAAUAACUGUUAUUAGUUUUUCCCCAAGCAUAUUGGCUUUUUAAUGUUCAAUACAUAAGAUGUUGACUGUUUUUUUAAAACAAAUAGAUUUAUAAAAGGGCAUUAAACACAUGCCUGAUUUACUUUGUAUAUGCAUACCAUCUGAUGUAUUUUUGAGUUAUUUUGUAUUCUUGCAGCUUUCUUAAUUUAACUUUCGUAAUACUUGAAAGGUUCUUUCCUGCAGAUAGUCUAUUUUGAUUCAAGUUUUUCCAUGGUUUAAAAUUUCUUUUAUUCUAUGGUACAUUUCUAUUAUUGUCCAUUACAUCAUUCAUAAAUUAAUCAAAAGUAAAUCAUGAAUUUUACAUGACAAAGUAUGAAAACAUGUUUUACCUCACUAAUAUCACUCUCAAAUAUUUGAACUUUUUGUUGUUUGCACCUUUAUAGUUUUGUUUCCAGACUUGUCAGUUCAAUUAGCUUCUUAUAAUUCACUUUAUUCUUUGCCGCUAAUAUACUGUAUAAGCCUGGUAUUUCUUUACAAUACAUGUUAUGAUGCUACUUGUAUUUUACAUAAAGUAUAUUGAAAUGAAGUGUU